GUUUGAGAGCGCAUUCACAGGUAUGGAAAUUAGUAAAUUUUCUAAUAAAUUCGGUUAAUUUUCGGAUAUAAAUUAGAAUUGAGCUGCUUGUAAAUAGAGGCUGUAAAUAUAGCAAAUAAAGAUGAGUUUGGGUGCGCGCGCCACCAAGGGUGGUGCGAAGGUCGGCAAGGACAAGCACGCGCCAGAGAAGGCCAAGGGCGCCGACAAACCACAGCCCAAGGAGAAGAUCAAGCCACAGGCAACCACAGAACAGCUCCGCAUGGCACACAUGAUCGAUCGUAAAAGCGAGGAUGCCUCCGACGUUCGCAGAAUGGUGCUGGAGUUGAUGGAGAUGACGUGCCGCACGGAGGAGGAGGUGUGUUCGGCGCUGCACGACUCCGACAACGACCUCGAGGCCGCGUGCAAUCUGUUGCUCGAGGACCAGCGGAUACAGGGCGAGUGGCAGACCAGCGAGAAGAAGAAGAAGAAGCCGCUGGCGGCCGCCGACGCGGAGCCGGAGCCCGCGCGCGAGCGCUCGGCGCCCAGGCCGCGCCGCGGCGAGGGCGAGGGCGGGCGGGGCUCGGGGCGCGGCGGGGGCGCGCGGGGGCGCGGCGCGGGGCGCGGCGGGCGGGGCGCGGCGCGCGGGGGGCGCCGCGGGGGCACCGCCGCCCGCGCGCGCGGGCUCCGCCCCGACCACGACUGGAGCGACAACAACCACACCAGCGACGCCGGCAACAUGGGCGAUUCUUUUCCCGCGACAGAAGACUGGGACAACGAGGAAUGGUCGGGAUCGCUCUCAGACACCAAGGUGUUCACGCCUAGCAGUAAUACUCAGAAUCAACCUGAAACGGAGCCGACGCCCGUGCAAGCCCCUACUACGGAAGACUGGGACGCGGCGCCGCCCAACGGCCCCGCCGCCGCCCCCGAGAGCCACAUCCCCACCUACACGUACCACAACGCACACCACUCUAUCAUCGACCAAAUAAACUCGGCAAACAACCAUACGGCUGCUGCGGUGGCGGCCGUGGCCUCGGCGACACAGCCGCCCACCACCAAGGACCAGCUUGAUGCUUACCAUUCCCACCACCACCAGCCGAUGGGCAUGUCGGGCAGCUUGUCGGCGGCGCAGUCGCAGUAUCUGUCGCAGCUGACGGCGCAGUCGCAGCGGCCCGCGACCUCGCCCGCGUACCCGCAGUACCCGGCCGGCGCCGCCUUCCCGGACUCCGCCAGGAAACAGCCGCGGGCCAGGCUGCCGCCGCCCUCCAAGAUCCCGUCGUCUGCGGUGGAGAUGCCGCACCCGGCGCAGCUGCUGGACGUGCAGUUCGGCGCGCUGUCGCCCGACAUCGACGGCGACCACGACCGCGACCGCGACCGCGACCGCGAGCUGAGUUCUCCGCUGCCGGCGGAGACCGCGGCGCCGGCGGACACCAGCGCUAGCAGUGAGUGUGCUUCGCUGGAGAAGCUGUCGGCCUGCAUGCAGCAGCUCGGCGCGCACGCCGCGCCCGCUCCCAACGCGAGACCGCAGCACAAGGUACACGCGCACACCGCCUACCAACUGAGAUAUCCCGCAGUCCCACAAUCACAGCCGCCGCAGCAGCCGACGCCGACGUCGCAGCAGCAGCCGACGACGCCGCAGCAACAGCCGCAGCAGCAGCCGCAGCCGUCGCAGCAGAACGUGUACCACCACCCCGUGUCCCACCACCCGCCGGUGUACCAGCCCAAUGUUUACGCUGCUCAGGUGAACUCCACAAACGCAUCACUGCCGGCCGCGUCGGCGAUGAGCACGUACCCCUCCAGCGUCACGCUGACGCAGUACCAGCCCAUCAUCAACUCCUAUCAGCAGCAACCCGGCGUGACCGUGUGCGUGGCUCAGACGACAGUGGCGACACCCAACGUCGCUGCUGGAUACUCUGCCCUCUACACCACCGGCACUGCAUACUACCAGCAUCCGCCGCACAAACUACCGCCCACCACGCAGUACGAGAGUGCAGUGUCGGCCAGCAACAGUUUGACGUCUACCUCCACCACACAGACUUCCACCGCCAAAGUAGCCACCACGACGGCGGCGCACGUGUCAGUGACAGCGAGCGGAGGCGGCGGUGGCGGGAGCGGGAGCGGGAGCGGGGGCGGGAGCGGGAUGGGCAGCGCGGGGUACGCGGCCGCGGCGCUGUACGGCGCGGCCGGCAGCGCCGCCUACGCCUACGACGACCAGCUCAUGCAGAGGACCACCACGCUGCCGCAUCAUAUGACGGGGUACUACGAGGUGGGCUACGGCGUCGGCGGCGUCAGCGGCGCGCGGGACUCGGGCUUCGGGCUCGGCGCCGGCGAGCGCUUCGGCCGCGCCGACGCUGCUUCGCCGCAGCAGGUGCCGGCAGCGCUGCCGCCCGGCUACGCGUACUUCUACCAGCCGCCGCCCAGCAGCUACCAGUACGGCGUCUACCCCUACGGCGGCUCCGCGCCCGCCAAGCAGUCCUACACGCAGCAGUACGACCAGGACUACAAGGGCGGUCCAUACUCCGGCGCCGCAAGCAAAACCGCGGCCGGCAACACGGCAGAUCUCAGCAAUGCUAUGUACAAGACUCACGUCCUCAACAAGGUUAAUAGUUACGAGAAGGCGACGUUCCACAGCGGCACGCCGCCGCCCUUCGGCGCCGGGUCCCACCUCUACAUCCCCGCGCCGCCGCAUCACCACCACCACCACCAGAUGGAUGCGCGGGUGAACAGUAGUCAUAAUAGGCGGGAGAGCGGCGCGGCGGGCGGGCGCUCGUCCAGCGCGAAGCCGCCGCAGAGCAAGCCCACGUACUCGCAGUCGUACUGGGCUCCCAACUAGGGAACACUGAUAUACUCGCAGCCAACACAUGUACAUAGCAAGGCUUGGGGCCCUCACAGUCAAUUGCCGCCCGGCGGCGACUGUCGUGCGACUGUGGCGCUACUAUCGCGCGACUGUGGCGCGACUAACGAAUAACAAUAUGUCUUACUUGUACCUAUUAUGUGUAAUGUAAAAUAAAAUGAAAGGAAAUUGAUCGGAAAACUAUGUUAAUAUUUCUUUUAAAUUAGAGACGGGGCUCGUUCGAAUAUUUUCCUUUUUAACGGCCCCGUCUCACACCGUAGGUUACGAUUGUUUAAAAUUAACUGUAGUGCUUUAUAUAUAAAAUAUGUAUAUGUAUGUAAGCAUUUGGUACGCUAUGCGCGCCGAACAUUUUUGUAUUUAGUUGACACUUUUUGUAAUUACAAUAUUAUUAUUAAAAAUGUCAUAGGUAAUCGUACGAAUAGUCGAGGUCUUUUUUAUGUGGAAGAAUGUGAUGUGUGAUCUCGAGUCGAGGGCAUUUGUAUGAGGGAAAUACACAUAUUGGAACCUG